ACUCGGGCGGCGCGAGCGAGGGGGCUGGGGAGCGAGCGUCACUUUGGAAACUCGGACGGGAACUCACGGAUUCUCGUGCUAAACCGACGACCUCCUUUUCCUCAUUACUGAAGUCCUCGCUGUUGGAUCUCGAUCGCGGGAUAAACGGAGGAGAGAAGGAAGUUGUAGUCAGGAGGGAAGUAAGAGCGGGUGAGUUUGGCGGAGAGAGUUGCGCAAUAGCAGGUAAACUGGGGUCCAAGGUGCGCAUCGAGCCGCCUAUGAUACCAACAACACGGAUGGAAAGAACUUUAAUGUGGAAUCCUCACAGAGUUUUGCAACGGAGGCUGAGAGUAGAGACAGACUGGCAGUUUAUAUUAUAACUUAGAUGAGGCCAGAGAGACAGCCGACCCUCCGUGCGUAAACUGCAGAGCUACACAGAAACAAGAACCAGACAGGUAGAGCUGAGCAUUUAAGAACAGCUUUUUACAUCCUCUGCGCGCCUGGAGGCUUGUGUGAAGGACGAUGUCCAGAGAGGAGCAGAGCUUUUCAGAGGUUGAGCUCAGCCCAGGGAUGUCUGACGACAGCCGCUCCCUGUCACCGGGUCAUUCCUCCGGGGCCGCUGGUGCUGGGGACUCGCCUCUCCACGGACAGCAGCAUCAGCCGCAGCUGGCCGGGCUGGACGACGAGUCGGCGGGUUGCUCCUCCGUCAAAUCCGACGACGAGGAUGACCGCUUCCCCGCGGGAAUCCGAGACGCUGUGAGCCAGGUGCUCAAGUGCUACGACUGGACCCUCGUGCCCAUGCCCGUUCGCGUGAGCAGCGGAAGCAAGAACAAACAGCACGUGAAGAGGCCAAUGAACGCCUUCAUGGUGUGGGCGCAGGCGGCUCGGAGGAAACUGGCCGACCAACACCCGCACCUGCACAACGCGGAGCUCAGCAAGACCCUGGGGAAGCUCUGGAGGCUUCUUAAUGAGAGUGACAAGCGACCCUUCAUUGAGGAGGCAGAGAGGCUGAGGAAGCAGCACAAAAAGGACUACCCUGACUACAAGUAUCAGCCGCGACGCCGCAAGAAUGGGAAGAUUGGUUCUGGGUCAGGAAGCGAGGCUGAAGGCCAUUUGGAGGGUGAGGUCAUCUACAGCCAGUACCACUACAAAGGCACCCACCUGGAAGUGGCCUACAGUGGGGGAGCCGGGUCCCCUCUGGCAGAUGGGCAUCACCCUUAUGCUGCAGGUCAGAGCCACAGUCCUCCAACACCUCCCACUACUCCCAAGACCGAGCCUCAGUCUGCAAAGGCAGGAGAUGGUAAGAGGGAGGGAGCCGGGAACGGGGCUUCUCGUGGUACAAUGGGAGCAGAAGGAAGCUCAGGUGCUCCGGGGUCUGGGAAACCUCAUAUCGACUUUGGUAACGUGGACAUUGGUGAGAUGAGUCAUGAGGUGAUGGCUAAUAUGGAGCCGUUUGAUGUCAAUGAGUUUGAUCAGUACCUUCCCCCUAACGGGCACCCAGGGGUUGGGCCGAGUGCGGGGGCUGCAGGAACCACAACAGCUUCUCCGGCCUCUCCGUACGCCUAUGGGAUCUCCUCAGCUCUGGCAGCGGCCAGUGGACACUCAGCAGCCUGGCUCUCCAAGCAGCAGCAGCAGCAGCCGCCACAGCAACACCAUGGCUCCCCUCUGAGCUCAGAUCCCUCCAAAGCCCAGAUUAAGAGUGAGGCCGGAGGUGCUGCGGGUCACUUUGUGGAAGCAGCUUCAGCAGGUUCCCACGUCACCUACACCCCCCUCAGCCUUCCUCACUACAGCUCUGCCUUCCCCUCGUUGGCCUCAAGAGCUCAGUUUGCAGAAUACGCCGACCACCAGGGCUCGGGGUCAUACUACGCCCAUUCGAGCCAGGCUCCGGGGUUGUACUCCGCCUUUUCUUACAUGGGGCCUUCCCAGAGGCCUUUGUACACUGCCAUCACUGACCCAGCCGUAUCGCAGUCGCACAGCCCCACACACUGGGAACAGCCUGUCUACACAACGCUGUCGCGGCCAUGACAGAUAACGAGACCAGAGCGUGCCGGUGCAGGUUCAGCCCCAACGUCAGACCAGAGGAGCAGAGGCAGCAGCAGCAGCAGCAAGAGUCGCGCUGGUGGUGUCAGAGUCGAACGAGGUCUGGUCUGGGGGGAGUGGGCAGGCACUGGGGGAUGCGUCUGGGGAGGCAGAAGGGGGGAAACACCUUUCUGCUCUUGCCCAGAUGAAAACAUGCUGUCACAGCCUGAGGAUGAGCUUGGAGCGUGGUGCUUUUGAGGAGCAGUCGAUCAUUUGCGGCACUCGGUGGAGGAGUCAGAGUGCAAUACAUCGAUAAUGCAAAUAAGUAAAAUGAAAUAAAAAUCACCCACCCAACGCCACCAGCAGCACCACAGCAAAGCCUUUGGCACUUCUGGCUGUGUUCAUGGGUGGUAUGAGAUCACAUACUUGUCAGCGUGUAUCACAGCAGUCCACAACGCCACGGGCCAACGGAGGGGUCAGAGGUGACAGGGACACAGCGAGAAAAAAGCAAGACUUCAAUCUGUGAGCGCGACAAAGGAGACAAAUUCAUUUUACACGGGAUGUUUGUUUUAACGCCAGGAGAACGGAGUGCCAAACUAUUUGCCGGCCUUUCACUUCUCAGGCUUGACUGACCUUUUGUCAAACAAACGUUAGCCUUGUAUUCCUUUCGAAAGUCAACACAACAAAUACUCAUGACAUACUGUCCUCUCAGAGCCACAGUCGUCCCUUUUUGAAUUCAAUUUGUUUAUGCUGUGUUCACUUAAAAUGCCUUUGUACACUCGACAAAUGGGCAUGGAGGGGAAAAAAUGCCAUAAAUCCAUGCUGUGCUUUUGUUAACUGAAGUGUAUAUUUAGCUUAUUGGGUGUACUUGAAGUUGCAAAUGUACUUAUGUCGAUACACACAAACAUGACCAAAGUUUUGAGACCAAAACCUGUACUUUUUAUAAAGAAGAAACUUUUCUUUUAAAAGAAAGUUUCUCCCAACAUAACAUUCAAAGCUACCUUACAUUUUGUGGCCAAUUAGUGUUUUUUUUUUUUUUCGUAGCUUUGACUCAAUUCAAAAUGCAAUCGUGUCAAAAACUUCCUUUAAGUUUGUAGCACAAAGGCACUGACACGGACUCACGAUGAAAGGCAAUUCUAUUCAUCUGCUGAUAAUCCAUUUUCACUCCGUGUUUCAUGACAAAAUCCUUAACAGAAACUUACUUGUUGUUUUAACAACGUGCUGUGUUUACUGUACUGUUUAAAAUGACUUUUUGCCAUUGUUAUCCACUGAAAGUCUACAGCACUGCCUUUGUCUGUUGUUUUUUUUGGUUGAGUGUGAGACAAAUUUAUCUUUUGAUUAUAGUUUAAAAGGUUACAUUGUAAAUAAUGCCAAUACUGAGAAACAAUUUCCAGGCACUGAAUGUUUUAACGCAGCCUGAUGUCAAAUAGAAAAUGUGCCUUGUCCUUAUUAUGACUUACUACUAACAGUUUUUGUAUCAGUACUUACCUUUUGAUGAUUACUUACCAUCUUUAUUUACACGUUAUACCUGUUAUUUCUCUUCCCUACAUCCCGCAUUCUUCUUCACUGCUUCUCAAAUAUAUCUGCAUUUUAAAUAUCUUAACCUAUAUCUGCAAAAGAGCUAAACUGAAUUUCUUUGUUUUAUGCAUAAUGUAUAUCAGUACUGCACACAUGUGGACCAUAUGCAUGCACCACAGUUCAGUCAGAGCUCAAAGUCAGUUUUACUUUAACCAAUUACCUCCAGCAUAAGAGUUAAGCUUACAUUCUCAUUGCUACUAUAUAUGUGUGUGUGUUAGCUAUGGGUAAUGUUUUUAAUUCCACAUUUAUUUAUAAUUUGGUUUCAUGUUUGCGUGCACACCCUUUCUCUCAAUUUCUCAUUUCACAUUUCUUGUGUAACUGCGUCUGAAUAACAGCAGGUGUGAAAGCCUGAACAUGAUGAUGAUGACUGAUGACUUUGUAUUCUCACGUGAAAUAAAGCUCUGUUAUUUC